GUUGAGUGAAUCAAAUCUAGCCUCCAUCAGCGGGCAGUUGGAAGAACUGUAUAUGACAAACAGUAGAAAAGAUAUGAAUGAAACAUUAACAGAUAUUCUUAUCUGUGCUUGUGUCAUGGAUUCAGCAGUGCCUUCCAGACUCCUGUUGGAGCAUGUUCUUUUGGUUAGUGUUCUUCAUCAAACUGUGGGAAUUGAGGUUGGUGCUCAUUUUUUGGAAACUGUGGUGAGGAAAUUUGAUGAUGUCUACAAAAGCGAAGUCGAAGGAAAAGAAUGCGAGAACUUGCUGAUUUUAAUUGCUAAUUUGUAUAAUUUUUAUGUAGUGCAUUCAGUGCUGAUCUUUGACAUCUUAAAGAAGCUUGUUAGCACUUUUUCUGGGAAGGAUAUUGAACUGAUCCUCGUGCUGCUGAAGAAUGUGGGCUUUUCCUUGAGGAAGGAAGAUGCCCUAGGAAUCAGGGAACUUAUCAAUGAGGUUCAGAAAAAAGCAAAUGAAUUGGGGAAACAAUUCCAGGACCAGUCAAGGGUUUGCUUUAUGUUGGAGAUUGUAUUGGCACUAAAAAAUAAUGACAUGAGGAAAAUUCCUGGUUAUGACCCAGAACCCGUUGAAAAAUUACGAAAACUGCUGAGAACACUGACACACAAUAGUAGCUCCGGAAAAGACUCUCAACUUCGUGUGUCAUUGGAAUCUCUCCUCACAGCUGAUCGGGUUGGUCGCUGGUGGAUUGUUGGGUCCUCUUGGAGUGGCACUCCAAUGAUUGACAGCAACAAAACUGAACAAAUACUAACAAAUAAUUCUGUGGGAAAGGUAAGCACAAGGAUUCUAAAACUUGCUCGUAAGCAGAGAAUGAAUACUGAUAUCAGGAGAAAUAUAUUUUGCAUCUUGAUGACAAGUGCAGAUUUCUUGGAUGCCUUUGAAAAACUUUUGAAGCUUCGGCUUAAAGACCAACAGGAGAGAGAGAUAGUCCAUAUUCUCAUAGAUUGCUGCCUGCAAGAGAAUACUUACAAUCCCUUCUACGCGCAUUUAUCUGCCAAGUUCUGUGAAUACGAAAAGCGAUUUCAGAUCACAUUACAGUUCAGUAUCUGGGACAAAAUCAGAGAUUUGGGAAGCCUGUCCGCUGCUGCUUUCUCCAACUUAGUUAAUCUUGUAACUCACCUGCUAAAGACUAAAUGGAUUUCUCUUACUGUCUUCAAGGUGAUUGAAUUCAGUGACUUAGAUAAGCCAAAAGUUCACUUUCUGAGACGGGUGUUGUCUGCGUUAUUCCUAAAAACGGAACAAGAAGAUCUCAACCAUAUAUUUGAAAAGUUGGCUGACAAUCCCAAACUGGGGAUGCUACAUGAAGGCUUGAAGCUUUUUCUUAUGCAUUUCUUGGUGAAAAAUAUUCAAGCUCAUGCAGAUGUUAAAGAAGGUGCUUUGCUAAAAGAGAAAAUCGAUUUAGUAACUAAAACACUGAAAGCAAAAGAAUCGAAAGUGAAAUUAUAAUAUCAAGACCAUAUUACAGAUUUUCCCUUAUGAAAAGUAAAGAAAGUAGUUGGGUAAUGUGGUGCCAUAGGAUAUAUAGAUGUCAUUGUUCUAUAUAAAUACUUCACCAAACCAUGGAGCUAGUUACAGUUUUAUACUCAGAUUUAUAUGCAUAUAUUGAGAAAUAUAUGCACAUAUAAAUGCUUUUUAAAUAAUCAGGGAUUUUAUUAAAAAGACAAGACAAAAUUACCAAUGAACAUUGGAAGAUUUUGGGCAAAAAAUUAAAUUUUAUUUCAAAUGUUCCUUGAUAUUUUCUUACUAAAUCUCUUUUAAAGCUACACAUGGAGCAUUGAGUUAGAUUUAUAUAUAAGAGUAAGGAUGGCCAAGUUAAUUUUAUAUUUCUCAUCCCAUUUUAUUCUUUUUGUAAAUUUUUAUCUUGCUUUUAAUCUUGUUUGUAAUGCAAAAACUUAAAUUCCCUACUGUUUUUCUAAAUUAGCAUUCUGUGUAAUUUAAAGAUGUACUUUGCACAUACAGUGAAUGAUAAUAUAAUACUUUAAUAAAAAUAAUACCUAAUUUUA